UAGAAACGGAAGUGGCAGUGAGACCGACAGACAAAAUUGAUCAGACACCAGUGAAGUGAGCAUGUCGCAAGAAGAAUUGUCGGUGAAGGAAGAGAGUGAGGAAGUGUCUGUAUCUGAAGAGCAGGAACAGGAUCAUGAGCAGGAGCAGGAGCAGGAGCAGGGGCAGGAGCAGGAGAAUGAGCAUGAAGAGGUAGUACAGCAUGAAGAAGAACAUGAAGAAGAGGUGGAGCAAGUAGAUCAUGAUGACAUUGAAGAACACGAAGAAGAAAAUGAAUUAGAAAAUGAAGAAGAUCAUGACGAAGUUGUCGAAGCAGAUUCUGUGAUAGAUUCAGUAGAUUCAUUGAAAGAUGGGUCUAAAGAUUCUAAGAAUUACCCCAAACUAUACCAACGAUACCUCGAAAGAUUUAAAAAAGUAUAUGCCAUAUCUCAAAACUUAUUUAAUAUGGAAAGAGAUCAACGACAGACUCUAACAUUUUACCAAAGACGAAACCAUUUACUCUUAAAGAUGCUUCAAGAAUUUGAAGACGCCAAUAAUCAUACCAUCCCUUCAGAAACAGAAAUUAUCAGUGGUAAAGAUAGAAGUAGAAUUGAAAAUAUUGCAAAAAUAUCUCCUCGUUUACAAACUGUAUUGGCUCCUCUACAACAAUUACUCGAAGAUACUCCUGAUGCAGAAGUAGUCAAUCAAAAUUAUUUACUUAAUCUAUUUUUAACUGAACAAAUUCCAGAACUUAUAAAUGAUGAUUUAAUAAGUCUUGAAGCUAAUCCACAAGAUUCAGAAAUAUGGACAAAACGUCAUUAUCCUCAUCUUCAAUCAAUUGAUUUCCAACCACUUGACUUACCUAAUCAGGGACUUGUCCAUGAAUAUGCUGGUAAAGAUUAUAAAUUGGGAGAACAAGAUAAAGAUGAUAAGAAAAUGAUAUUUGGAUUAAAUACUAGUACUAGUAAUGGUACUAAACGAAAGAAAUCGACUGAUUCUGGUGCUCCUCAUAAGAAGAAGAAAUAAGUCUUAUGUAUGUAUUUCUAAUCUGUACUAUAUAUAUAUAUCUUAAUACAUAAUAAAAAGAACACUACUAUACUUUAAUAGAAUUCUU